AUGUCCAAUGAUUCAAUAUCAAUAUCAACAAUAGCAUCAGCAGAGGCAUCAUCAGAGAAUGAAUGUGAUCGUAAUAGAUUGCCACAUAUUAUAUGUUUAGAUUGUAUCAAACUGUUGUCAUUGGAUAGUUUGUUGUUGAGAACAUCAUCAUCGUCGUCAUCAGCAUUGGAUGAUCAUGAGUCAAUAAUAAUACCAAUCAACAACAGCAACAAGAAGAAGAAGUGUGAUAAGGAUGAUGAUGAUGAUUGUGAUGAUGAUGAUGUUGAUGAUGAUUGGCAGAAUAAUGACAACUCUGGAUUCAUUGCAAGGAUGAGACACUUGUGGUCGUUGUUGCCACAGUUGGCAUCGACUUAUCAGACGUUGCAACAAACAUGUUUGGAUAUUACAGAGAGGUUCAGAGAGAUGCAUGUGACAUUGAUGGUGGAAGAACAUCGUGCAAAGGUUCCAAUCAUCACUGAGUUGGAACUUACAAUGACCAUGAUAACAUCGAUCAUCAAAGAGUUUGAUCAUAUCGAGUCAGCUGCCGUGUACAACAUUCCCCACACACAUUCAACCGCACCACCAUUGGUCCCGCCUCGCGACAUCUCCUCGGAACACAUGGACUCAAUAUCCACAGACAUUGAGGCUGACGCAUUGGUAUCAAGGAUUCUGCAAUGUCAUUCAAUGAAUGAGUUCAUCAAGGAGCAUUGCAAGUCUAGGACUAGGUCAAGGUCAAGGUCUAUCUCUGCCCCUUCUCCUCCAGACCCACCACUACCCCAGUCUGAUGCCGACAUCAACCUCAUGAUCGCCGUUGUAGACACUAUUGGACGGAUCAAUCAAUCAUUCUUCCAACUCACCCAUCCUUAUCGUGUGACGGGAUCAAUCAAUGACUCGAUAAAGAGUGCCCUCAGUGAGCAUGCCCGUCAAUCCAUUGUAAUCGAUGAAUCAUGUUGGGAUCAACCCUCGAUGGCCUUCAUAAUUGGAUCAGAUCAAUGCUAUAUUACCUCACUCAAUCCCACCUCGGAUCAACCGGCGGUGGACACAAGGCUGGGUCCAAUCCCUCAUAGACUUGGAUCAGAGUCCUCUAUUAUAUACGCCAAGGGCAGUGUAUAUUUCUUUGGCGGCGGAGUUGACCAAGUUAGAUACGGCCGCUACUCAAUCUCUCAGAGAUCAUGGUAUCUUGGCACGCCAAUCAUUGGUAUUGAAGGUGGAUUUGAUAUAUCCACAUGCUAUGAUGGUGAUAAGACCAUCUAUCUUGUGGGUGGCAAGCACAAUCCAAUGGGUAGCGAACGCAAGUACCAGAACAGGAUCGAUGCGUUUGAUCUCCAGACACAAAGGUUCACUUCAGUUGGCAACAUACAUUGUUCAUUGGCCAAGCCAUUCAGCUUUGUACAUCAAAACAAUGUAUAUAUAGUUGGUGGAUACUAUACUGAUUACAAAGAGACUGCACAGAUCAUAACGUUUGAUCUCAAGAAGCUUAGAAGUUCCGUGUUUGUCAAGGACCUCAAUGUUGAGAAGGAUCAGAUUCAUUCAUGUUGCUUCGAUGGCAAGGACACGCUGUACAUCCUGGCCGAUACAUUCUUCCAACUGGAGCUAUCGACCAAGAAGCGAAAGUACCUUGCAGGGCCCAAGUCAGAGGUAGGCUUCCUAGUCUACGAUGCCAAUGCAGGAGGACCAGGUGUUGCCGGUGUGAUCAAAGUGGAGAUGAUAGGUGCGCCAUUACAACUGUUCCUAAUCAAGCGAGGCAUAUGGGUUGACCAAACAAGAUUGAUUGGAGUGAAUGGAGAGUUCACUGUCGCACUGUGUCACAUCCAAAAUCGAUGA